AUGAUGAACAACAAUGAAAGUGAGGCUGAGAACCAACGUCUUUUGGAUGAAUUGAUGAGUCAAACCAAGAUUCUUCAGGAAACUUUGGAUUUCUCGUUGGUGACACCCACCGCGCACCACAAUGAAGAUUAUAAAAUGCAGGGAAGUGCUUAUCCAGGCGGCGAGACUCCUGCCCAGCAGCAUGAAAAGCUUUCUUAUAUCAAUACCCACAACUCCAACGAUAAUAACAACUUGAUGAGCGGUCAAGCGAGACCCAGUUCUCGAACACCUACACCUUCGACCAUAUACGAAGAAGGAGAGCUACAGUCAUCUUAUCUGGACGACGUGUUCAGAACAAACCAAGGCAGUAGACCUGUCACCCAGAAUUCUAUAUCUUCCAUAGGGCAGGCUCCCUUGAGGACAUCAUUUUCCAUGUCUUACGAUUCGCCUGUGGAUAGAGCAAUGAACACACCGUCGCAGCCACAGGAAGGCUUAAAAGCUGAGUUGCCGCAAGAUUUUUUAUUUCAGCAUGGCACAGAUGACGCGAUGUAUAACUUAACUGAUGAUUUAAGCUCCUCUUUGUCUUCAAGCAUCAAUUCUGAUAUGAUGACUCCAAACACAUAUUCUUCAUCAUUUUCUUACAACCCACAAACUUUGGGUCCAGCAUCCGUUUCGUCCACAUAUUCUCCAAAAGUGAGAUCCCCAUCCUCGUCAUUUCGCGCAGGGAGUUUUCUUUCAUCAUCCUUUAGGCACGGUAGUAUAAACACGCCUAGAACGAGGCACACUUCAAUUAGCAGCAAUAUGACUGAGAAUAUGGGACCCGGCAGUAUUCCGAAGGUCCUAACCGGACUAACUUCAGAUGAAAAAUUGAGACGCAAAAGAGAAUUUCAUAAUGCUGUGGAAAGAAGAAGAAGAGAACUGAUAAAACAAAAGAUAAAAGAACUCGGUCAGUUGGUACCACCAUCUUUAUUGAAUUACGAUGAUUUAGGCAAACAAAUAAAACCAAAUAAGGGUAUCAUUUUGGAUAGGACGGUUGAAUAUUUACAAUACCUGGCUGAAAUUUUAGAACUACAAUCGAGGAAGAAAAAAGCUCUAUUAGACAAGAUAAGAGAAUUGGAAAACAAGAAAAGCUCUGUCGCAACGUUGCCCCCUUUUGCCAAUAAUAACAACGCAAGUACAAGACCAAGACCAAAUAAUAAUAACGAAAAUCAUGAAGAAAGAAUCAUAGAUAUUAGGUCGGUUCCAAAUUCUUCAUUGGACGAACCGAAUUCUAAGGUGGAAUUCCACAACUGGGAGCCAUCAGUAUAUGAUUCGGCCAGUAACCGCAAUCAUGCUGACAAUAUCGACACACAGAAACAUGCAAGUAUCCAUGAUGAAUUGAAGGAAUUUUUGUCCGGAGAUCUGAUUGAGGCUGAGGAUAACGCAAAACUAAUGUUUGGAGAUGACAACUCCAAUCCAGCUGACUAUCUUCUAGAAUUUGGUUCGGGGUAG